GUACAGGUCGCAGCUGCUAGCUGGUGCACUUCAAUCUCCAGAAUCAGAAUAGAGAAUGCCGAUGUUCCUGAUUGAAGUUCUGUGCCCGCGGCAAGAAUGUAGUCAUUUUUUAGAGCUCAAGAAUCGCGCUAAUCAUGGCCAUCAUUGCGUUCGUCGUAUUCAGGGCCAGCACAGUUCGUCUCUCUCGUGGAAUUUCUGCUAGAUGAAAAAUUUCAACUGACGCUGUGGCCCGGUGUCAUGCCGAAAUCGAGGAGUUGCUGUUGCAAGCCGUACCUCCUUUCUUGGAAGCAUUUCGAUUCCUCGUGACCAUUGGACAAGUAGAGAGCGCAAGGUAUGACGGAAGUGGCAGCAUUGUGUGCAGUUGUUGUCACACACUGCCACUGGCAUGCACUAGGCCGAAUAGUGUCAUCAUCGCCAAGCCACAAUAAUUAUUUUCCACUGCCACACUACGGCAAUUCAGUGCAUGGGGCGCUAGCAGUUAUGUACGCAGCACUCCUCCUGUCCGCCGAGCUACUUGAUACCGGUAUUUGUAGUAGAAAAGCUGGAGUGGCGCUGUCGCUGAACGCGGACUAUCCUAGUCUGAGCUUCCUCGGCCAGAGUGGGUAUCCUGCUGAGGAGCUGCAGCAUGCUAACACUAACCAACACUCACAGAUACAGCCAGGGAGGCGGCAAGUCAUGGACCGUCUCCAUCUUGAUAGUUCAAGUACUGGCGAACAAGCUCAUCCAAGAGUAUCAUAUCCACAUCCAUACGACCAUGGAAGAGAAGAGGCUGCCCCCACUACUAACCAUGUCCAAGGAAGUAUGGCUGAUAGGUUUAGGGUGACGACGGCCUCUACAGAUCCUGCUGGCAGUGUGACGGCAGAUGCGGGACAAGGCGAUGGAUCAAUGACUGGUGAAAGCUAUGAUCAACCACGCUUUGCAGGUCAACCUGGGUACCAUCCAGAAGUUUCUUUCUUUGGUUUGGAUGACCCUGAUGACCCUGAUGGCACAUCAGAAUCAAACACGGCUGGCCAAGCAUCUCCUCCGACACGGAGAAACGUGGGUGGUGGAGGGACAGGUGCAGAUACUGACGAGCGGCAAACAACGCCACAGCCGCGGGAAGAUGGUGUCAACGCGGGAAUCAGCACACCAGCAGACUCGCCAUCGUCUACCAGCACCACACGUAUUCCUACAGCCCAGGCCCCAGUCAGGCCAGUCAGUACUACCAGGGCUAAGUCUCUGAGAUAUGAACUAACAGUCAAAGCUCCAACGGGUACACGCCUCAUCACCGGAACUCAGGCAGAUAUUAUUUGCGAGGUGGAACUGCAAGAAAGUAUGGGACUACUGGGCUUCCAGUGGACGCAUCACCAAACAGGAGAGGAACCCGGUGUGCAUGGUGACGUAAGACCCAUCGAGGAGCAUCACAUUCACGAUCCCACACCAGUCACAAGACCACCCAACAAUACACUUGUCUUCCUUCAAUCUAAGAUUCAAAUAGUGAAUGUUCAACGCCACAACGCUGGUCACUACAUAUGUCAGAUGCACAUGGUGGAGAACCACACAGAAAUUGUUGUCGGUGAGCGUUCCAUCGACUUGCAUGUGGAAGAUCACUGGCUUAGGCAGCCUGUAUUCUGGCGCAAGCUGAAGAACACGACUGUACUCGAGGGAUCGCGCAUCAAUCUAGUCUGCGAUGUAUUGGGAGGUCUGCUGUUGAAAACCAGAAUGCGCUUUCCCAGUGGUGACCGGAUCAGAAAGGAACAUGGCCUCACUCAGGCAGUUUUUGUAGGUAUUCACGGUGGAGUAUUCCGGGCCAUACAUCGUCUGACCUACAGUAUCCAAGAGGUAUCGCAGAGCCGUGAUGCCGGAGUGUACACAUGUCAAGCGAGUAACAAGCACCCAGCAGCUCCUGGCAGAGUCUUUAGUAGUGCGUUGCUCACAGUUGAAGAGAGGAUCAUACCAAACCUAGUUUUGGCUCACAAUGCCGCUAUGGAAGAGAGGUCGGUGCUUCUGGGAACUAACACAAGCCUACUGUGCAAGUCAUAUUACACACGCUGGCAACCACGUGUCAAUAUCUCUUGGCUACGUGAUGGCAAGUAUCUUCCAUCCAACAUGCAUGUGUUGUUGUCGCGACAGCGUCAUCACGCCUUCGAUGGAACGGGACAAUAUUCGUACACGGAGCUGAGAAGCGAACUAUCAAUUGAACAGUUCUCCGGCACUGAUGCUGGUUCAUACACGUGCAUGGUUUCGUCAGCUCAGGGUUCCAUGCAAGAGACGGUCAAGAUCCGAGCCAAAACUGUGCCAUCAAUUCAAUUUGAGCAGACGAGAGAUGUUCAGCUGAGUGCAGAGAAUGAACCCUUGUUCAACCUCACUUUCACAGCCGGGCCAUCGGUUAGUAUCAUCGGUGUAUUUGUGAACGGCAGUCAGCUGGCCUGCCAACAGCCUGCUGACAAUUGCAUAUUUUCGGCAGAGAAUUUGUCUGAUCCUGCAAAUCAUAUUCACAUAAGCUUGCAGUUGAAGCGAGUGCGUGUCAACAGCAGUGGAAAGUAUGAACUACAGAUCAGUACAAGCCUGGGACUGAUCCGCUAUAUUGUCUUUAUACGGAUUUUUACAUAGUUACUAAGCUGUUGAGAGAUUUUUGAGGAUUUCAAGAGGCUUUGUUCAUUUUUGUUUGCCAUGCUUGUGUUGAGUUGUGGGAUGAUCCAUGACAGCAUCAAAAUGAACCCACCAAGACGACCUCUGGUCAGGAUAUGUUCUAAGUUACCUUGGUGAUAUCAGCACUAUAAUUAAAACCGAGAACGGUGCAAAGCCUACAAACAAAUUAUCAAAAAGAAGCGCUGAUGUUGGUCGCCCAUGUGCAGUGAUUAUGGCUGUAACUUGGGUCUGUUAUCGCUGCUUCGCAUCAUGGACUUGAUACUUGAUGAUAUAAUUAUCAUGCUUGUGAACAGAUAAUAUUAUUCCAAGCCUGAA